UACGUGUAUCAGAGAGAUAAAAUUGAAGAUGAAUUAGAAAUGACUACAGUGUGCCAUAGACCCGAAGGACUGGAACAGCUUGAAGCACAAACCAAUUUCACUAAAAGGGAACUUCAAGUGCUUUACAGAGGAUUUAAAAAUGAAUGUCCUAGUGGGGUUGUUAAUGAAGAGACAUUCAAACAGAUCUAUGCACAAUUUUUUCCUCAUGGAGAUGCUAGCAUGUAUGCGCAUUAUCUCUUUAAUGCAUUUGACACUGCACAAAAUGGCUCCGUGAAGUUUGAGGAUUUUGUGAUGGCAUUGUCCAUUCUGUUGCGGGGAACUGUUCAUGAAAAGCUAAGAUGGACAUUUAAUCUCUACGACAUAAAUAAGGAUGGCUAUAUAAACAAGGAGGAAAUGAUGGAUAUCGUAAAGGCAAUUUAUGAUAUGAUGGGAAAGUACACGUACCCAGUGCUCAAGGAAGAUGCUCCAAGGCAGCAUGUAGAAGUAUUCUUCCAGAAAAUGGAUAAAAACAAAGAUGGUGUUGUAACUUUAGAUGAGUUUAUUGAAUCGUGUCAGGAGGAUGACAAUAUCAUGCGAUCCUUACAGCUCUUUGAGAACGUGAUGUAGCCGUGUCUGGCGAGCGCUGGAGGAGUCAGAGACCUUCUGUGUAACAAAGACCUCCUUUCUGGGUGAAAGCUUUUUACAAUUCAGCCAUGUUCAGUGUGUGAGGAUUUUGUAUGACAUCUCCAACCAAAUGGCAACCGAAUGCAACCGAUCCCACCUCUUCUCCCCAAGAGACGCCGGUGGACCUUUGUUUCAUUUUGGAAGCAUGUGAAUAUUUUAAUAAAACCCGACAAGAGAGAGCU